CCUCUGGCUCUUCGGCUCGCCCUCUGUGGGCUCGCCAUCUGCAUCAAUCCGCAUCGUCAGUGGCAUUAGUACAAUGGCUGCGACGCCCGUCGACAUGGAGCUGAGAAAGGCAUUUCAAGAGCUACAGAUGAAGAUGAUCGACACAACACGGCGCCUGAGGCUAGCUGAUGUUCAGAUCGACAACCUCAAGAAGGGAAUCAAGCGCGCCUACUACACCGGCGAAGCUGUUUCCGAGGCGCCGCCCAACACGAAGAUGUAUCAGGCAGUCGGCCGAAUGUUCAUCGUAGCUGAUGCUGAUGAGAUCAAGAAAGACCUUGACGAAAAAAUCAAGACUUGUGACGAGAAAAUUAAGAGUCUUGAGAGCAGCAAAAGUUACCUGGAGAAGAGCCUCAAGGAGUCUGAAAACAACCUCAGGGAAAUGAUCGUCCAAAAGCAAAGCAUGCAUUGAAAUCACUUAGGUCAUUUUACACUUGCGCUGUCUUAAGUAACUCAUUGUGAAAUACCGUGUUUUAAAAGUCUGUAGUGUGCUCAAAAUGGUUAGGGGUGGCAUGCAUUCAAAUAUCUGGAUGAAAACUUUCUUUUUUGUUUCUUUGUCUAUAUUCAGAGUGUAUGUUGCUGUUGAGUAAAAAAUACUUGUUUGCGGACAACUGCGAGUCUAUCAAGAAAAAGUGUCAUGGGUACGUUGGGGUUUCUGCAUGAAGAUCAUUUUACAAACACUUAAGGGGAAUUGGGGUUCGCAAAUAAAUACUUUUUUUCUUUUGGAA